CUAUGCUCGGGUUUGUGUCACUGAAAGUCUUCAGGCGUGUCGCGGCGUUCAUUGGCUUCCUGCUGCAAAUCAUUUGAGAAAAAAAAAAAAAGAAGUCCUAUGGCUUCGGAAGAAUUGGAUCAAAAGAACAUCAUUGCUGACUUGACAAACAAAGCUAUACGGGAAUACGAAGGUCUGCAAGGGAGACAUGAAGCAACAACAAAGGAGUGUAAGAUACUGGAGGAGGAACGAGACGAGGCGAUCAAGAAGCUCCAUGAAUUUCAACAAGUGUCAACAAUGGUCAUUGAGGAGAUCAACGCCAUUCAGGAGAAACUGGAGAUUGAGAGGACGUGCAGAGAAAGCGCUGAGGCCCUGGCCUCCAAGUUGAACCAUCAGAAGCACUCGUUGAAAAGGAAGAGCAUGAUGUUGCUGUCCCAACUCGGACCGGGGACCAUCAGCCAGAUCGACCUCGAGGAUGAAGACGAAGGUGAGCAGCUGAAUGCUGCCAACUGCUUGUCAAGCGUGUGCCAGUGCAAGAUAUCAGAGCUGCAAAGUCAAUUGCAGUUGACACUAAGGGAGAAAAAUCACCUUUGUGAUAAUCUUGCAAUGCUGAAAGAACAACUAGAGGAAAGCAGGCAAGAGCUGCUGCAAGAAAAACAUGCCAACAGCGUGUUAAUGGCUGAGACGGUGCAGCAAAAGAAGCUUCUGAGAAAAUAUAACAGAGUGUCAAGGUUUGCUGUGGAGGAAUACCAAGCCCUACAGGACACCUUGAAUCUGGAGCGGGACUUGAGAGAGGGGGCAGAGAACUUUGCCAGAGCAAUGGUUGUUGAACAAAAGAUGAUCAAGAGACACAGCCAGAUCCUGAUGCAGAGCACGACACCGAGCCAUGCUCUACAGGAGGCGCUCAGCCAGGUGACGUCGCUGACCAAGGAUUUGGAAAGCCUGAAGCACGAGCACCAGAGCCAGAUCAAGAAAGUGGAAGCGAAAUUAAGUAGCUGCGAGGCGCUUAAGGAGCUGACGGCCUUGAAGUGUCAACUUGAGCUUGUGGAGGAGGAGAAGAAGGAGUACAGUGAUGAGUGCGCCAAGGCCCAAGCAGAGGUCAAGGAUCUGAGGUCCACAGUUGACCAACUUCAAAAGAAGCUGCAAACGGCUACCGAUCCAGCACCUCUGCCAGUACCUGUAUGUCCGCCUCCUCCGCCGCCGCCACCACUUCCAACCUUGGCAGCCUUCAACCCACUCAGCUCCUUGCUGUCAUUAAUCAGAAAGAGGCAAAACAGCAGUGACAUUCCACUUGUGCUCCCCAAUUCUGCGCAGAGAGCAGAAGUGGAUGUCAGGCAGCAAGCUGUGGAGGAAAUGAUGAACAGGAUCAAGAAUGGGGUUCAGCUUCGGCCCGUCAGCCAGAGAGCCACUAACCGCAGAAAGAUGGAGAGGAAGCCGUCUAAUUCCGCCUUCCAGGAGCUUCGAGCCAUCAUGGGCAAUUGUGACAGAAGCGUUCCUCCUCACCCGAAAAUGGGAUCAUCCCCAAAUGACGAACUGCAGAAAGUCUUGCUGAGGCGGCGCCAUGUACUGGAGGCAAGCUCCUAGGGUGGAGAAGACGGAAUUUCCACCUCCUGUUCACUAGCAGAAAGAAUCUCCUCCUUUUCCCUGUUUUCUUUCUCCUCCUGUUGGCGAGCCGCGAAGAAAUCGCUGUGCAAUGACCAGCAACAUACUUUGAUUGAUGAGAUUGACUUGUGCAAACAAAGAGUCACCCCAA